GAAACUAUCAGACGCAGAGAAAAAGUACUCCGCCUUCGACAGAGAACUCCUGGCGGCCUAUCUCUCCAUCAGACACUUCCGCUUCAUGCUAGAAGGUAGAGAAUUUUUGCUAUUUACUGAUCACAAACCUCUAACCUCUUCCUUGUUCAGGAGUUCUCCGCCCUGGACAGCUAGACAGCAGAGACAUUUGGCCUACGUCGCUGAAUUUACCAGUUCCAUCGUGCAUGUUCCUGUUCAGGAGAACACCGUGGCUGAUGCCCUUUCUCGCCCCACUCAGUGCUCCAGUUCCCCAGCUCCAUUACAACCUCCGCCUCUUCUAAAUCCAGCUCCGCUGCAGCUCCAAGCCCCUCCCCCCUCUCACGAUGCUCCGAAGCCUUCUCCUACCAAGGAUCCUGUUCUGGAGAUGUCGGCGGUGUUGGUGGUGUCGGCGGUGUUGGCGGUGUCGGAGGUGUCGGAGGUGUCUGAUUCUCCACCCUCCUCUACAAUCCGACAAGAUUUUUUCGUUCCAAACUUUGAUUUUUCAAAGAUUUUAUAUUUUCAGCAAGUUUGUCCAUCAGUAAAAACUAUGAAGAAUUUGCCUUCUCUUUCAAUAGUGACUGUGACUCUGGAUUCCGGAGUGUUAUUAUGUGAUAGUUCUACAGGAAAUCUCAGACCUCUAGUUCCAGAAGUUCUCCGUAAACCUCUGUUCCUAGCCCUGCACAAUGUAUCUCACCCUGGUGUCAGAGGAUCUCGGAGAUUAAGUUCUGCUCGGUUCGGUUGGCCUGGUAUAUCUCAAGAUACGGGAGUGUGGGCCAGAGCUUGCCUCCAGUGUCUACGGAGUAAGAUUCAAACUCAUGUGAAAUCUUCUGUUCCUGCUAUUUCCGUUCCUUCCAGACAUUUUUCUCAUGUUCACAUUGAUAUUGUCGGACCUCUACCCUCGAGUCAGGAUUGUUCUUACAUCAUAACCUGGAUUUCAAGAUUUGGUGUUCCUUCAAUCUUGACCUCUGACAGAGGCGCACAGUUCACAUCUUCCGUCUGGGCCGGAGUCUGUCAUUCUCUGGGAAUCUCAGCCUCACAGACAACGAGUUUUCAUCCUCAAUCAAAUGCCAGAGCUGCUAACUCUGACUGGGUCUCACACCUGCCUCUGGUUUUGCUUGGACUCCGCUCCGUUCCAAAAGAAGACACAGGAUUCUCUGUUUCCGAGGCAGUCUACGGCUCCUCCUUAACAAUUCCAGGAGAGUUUUUGGAUGGUCCAGAAAUUCCAAGUUCUCAGUUCCUCAGCAAGAUAGGGAAGGUUAUAUCCGGUUUCUCCGUUCCUCCGCCUCAUCACGUUCCACAGCAGCCUCCAGCUGAAGUUCCAGCCUCUCUUACAACUGCUAGGUUCGUGUUUGUACGAGAAGACGCCAGUAAACCUUCUCUUGCCCCUUUAUACCGUGGCCCUUACUUGGUUUUAGAGCGGCGGAACAAGUUCUUCUGCCUCCAGAUUGGUAACAAGGUGGAUUCUGUCUCGAUUGAUCAUCUUAAGCUAGUGUUUUCGGACUCCCCUGUGGUUCCAGCUAAUCCUCCGCCUCUAGGACGUCCUCCUCUUUGUCCAGCAAGACAUCCUCCUGAUCCAUCCUCCGCCGUGAACUCUUCCGCCUCCAAGAAGAAAUCUGUGACUUUCCUCAACCAACCUACAGUUAUGCUGAGAAGAAACCCGCACAGACAGGCUAGGGGAAGAAGUUCCUGCUCCGCCUUAACUCCGGCGUUCCUUCUUGGGGGGAGUAAUGUGGCGGAAGACGAUCCAAGUCUUAGCCGGAUAGAGAGACGCGGCAAGAGGAACACAGAUCUGCCAAGUCACCAUGAAUAG